GAAGCUUUUCGCAUUACUGUUCCCGCCACUUCGGGCAUCACACAGAUUAUAACUGCGCCGCAUUUCACAAUAACUGUAGUUACUUUUUUGCCAGGGAAUCUUCUGUAAUUUAACUAUAAAAUGCCGAUUGCAAGUCUUACCACAGGCGUCAUUGCGCGCAUCAUGCACGGCGAGGAUGUCAUACAACCGGUGUUGCAAAUCCUGGGGAUCAAGCGAAUCAACACCAAUACGGAUCAGGAACGUUACCGGUUACUCAUGUCGGAUGGAAAAUAUUACAACAGCUAUGCCAUGUUGGCCAGCCAGUUGAAUGAAAUGCAGCAUAGGGGACUGCUCAAUGAGAACACAAUUGUGCGUCUGGAAAAAUACAUGACUUCCAUGGUUGGCAAAGAAGGCUCCGGCAAACGCGUGCUUAUUGUAACCGAGCUAACUGUGCUGAACUCGGGGGAGGAAGUAAAAACAAAAAUAGGCGAUCCCGUGACAUACGAGAAUGCGGCCAAGCAGGAUACAGUGACAAAAGCAACUCCUGCAGCGAGUGCUCCACUGAAAAAGGAACAAUCUUACAAUAACAAUAAUAACAAUAACAAUAACAAUACCAUGAACAGCACCAUGAACAGUACACUCAGUGCCAGUCUUACACAUCCAAUUGCCAGUUUAAGUCCAUAUCAAAACAAAUGGGUCAUUAAGGCGCGAGUUACUUCAAAGACGGCCAUACGCACUUGGAGCAAUGCACGCGGCGAAGGUAAGCUCUUUAGUAUGGAUUUAAUGGACGAAUCCGGUGAGAUUCGCGCCACUGCUUUCAAAGAGCAGUGUGAUAAAUUCUACGACCUGAUCGAGGUGGACAAUGUCUACUUCUUCUCUAAGUGCCAGCUUAAGCCGGCCAACAAGCAGUAUUCACAACUGAAAAAUGAUUAUGAGAUGACGUUCACCGGAGAAACAAUGGUUCAGCUAUGCGAUGAUGAAGACAAUGGCGGCAUACCCGAGAUCAAAUUCGAUCUGAUACCUAUUUCACAAGUUUCAAACAUGGAGAAUAAAGAGUCGGUCGAUACAAUUGGCAUUUGCAAAGAAGUAGGCGAACUGCAGACAUUCACUUCACGUACGACCAACAAGGAGUUCAAGAAACGCGAACUCACGUUGGUGGAUACAAGCAAUGCUGCUGUCACCCUUACACUUUGGGGCGAUGAAGCCGUCAAUUUUGAUGGACAUGUGCAACCCGUCAUUUUGGUCAAGGGAUCGCGCAUCAAUGAAUUCAAUGGCGGCAAAAGUCUCAGCAUGGGCGGAGGCUCAAUUCUUAAAAUUAAUCCAGACAUUCCUGAGGCCCACAAACUGCGUGGCUGGUUCGAUAAUGGAGGCGGCGAUAAUAUAAGCACCAUGGUGUCUGCGCGCACUGGCGGCGGCAGCUUCAGCACUGAUUGGGUGACCUUGAAGGAUGCUCGCAUUCGAAAUCUCGGUUCGGGCGACAAGCCAGACUACUUCCAGUGCAAGGCAGUUGUUCACAUUGUCAAGCAGGAAAAUGCCUUCUACAAAGCGUGCCCCCAAGCGGAUUGCAACAAAAAGGUCGUGGAUGAGGGCAAUGGCCAUUACCGCUGUGAACGCUGCAAUGCAGCAUUUCCCAACUUCAAGUACCGGUUGCUUAUUAAUAUGAGCAUUGGAGAUUGGACUUCGAACCGUUGGGUAACCUGCUUCAGCGAGAUCGGCGAACAGUUACUCAAGCACUCGUCUCAGGAAGUUGGCGAGGCUCUGGAGAACGAUCCGGCAACCGCUGAGAAAAUGUUCUCUGAUAUUAAUUUCUCAUCCUACAUUUUCAAAUUGCGCUGCAAGAAUGAGAUGUACGGCGACAUGACGCGCAACAAGCUGACUGUCCAAUCCAUGAGUCCCAUCAACUACAAGGAAUACAAUAAGCACCUCAUCAAAGAGCUUAAGGAAAUGACGGGCAUUGGACCUGCCAACUAGAUCUUAGAAACGUGCAGCGCGCGUCACGCAGCCUAACAUUAAGCUAAUUACUUAAGUUGAAAUAUUAUAUAUAGCGCAUAUGAUUGAAAAAAUUUAAUGGAACUACAUAAACUUUUAAUCCC